GAGGAGAAGAAGCCGCUCACACGCUCUGCAACAGGCUCCAAUGGCCGCGGAUGGACGAUGUGCACAAACAAUAACAAUCAGCGCUCUUAGUUGUGGAGUUUGUUUUUCAAACGAGCCGAGCGGGAUCUGAUCUUCUUGACGAACCCCGCUUGUCAGGACUCCGGAGCCAACAUGGCGGCUACGGGAAGUGGCGAUGGACACCAGCGUCUGGCCACCAAUCAAGACCCGUCGGUCCAGGUCUCCUGCGCGGUGAAGGAGGAGACAGCUGUUGAGUCCAUGGAGGCGGUUCCAGACCCUGAGCUUGUUCAUAGAUCUUCUCCGAGACUUUCUGAACAUGGAGAAGUGGACUACAUUCUCUCUUCUGAUAAAGAAUGGGAAAAAGAAAGUGGGGCAGCUGUGAUCCCUUCUUCUGCAUCUCCUCUAAAUCCGUCCACUUCCCAGUCGUCUUUCUCUACGAACCCGACCAUCAGAACAGCUUCGUAUCGUUGUGGAGAGUCAGGCAGCUCCUCGGAGCCUGGACCGGAAGGUGCCAAGGUGAAAACCGAGGAAGAGUUUGAGAUAAAUGAACAAAAUGUUGUUGUAAAGGACGACGGCUUAGAGGAAGAAGCUGCAGAUGUGAAAGAAGACACAGAUAUGGAAACAACUUCAGAUUUCAAGGAGGAGGUAAAAGAUGGAGACGAGGACCCAGGUGCUGCUUCUGAGCAGGAGAUUGAGGCGAAGCAGGAAGAUGAUCCUCAUGGCUGCAAUCCGAUGGCUGCAACAACCGAAGACCUCGACGAGAUGAUGGACAUUGGUACAGUGGAUCAGGUGGAACAGGAAGCUCAGAUGAAAGAGGAGGAGCAUCAGAAUAGUCCGGCAGAUGCAGGAAACCGUUGCUCACCUGGAACUUCAUCUGAAGUGACAAUGGAGGAGGAAGCUGAUGUGAAACCCACCAUAUCAACGCCUCCUCCAGCCAACGACCAAGACGUGAAACUGGCUUUAGACCGGAUCCAGUCCAGCUCGUCUCCCUCGUCCACAACCACAACCAGUACAGGAAGAGAGAGCUCAUCGCCAAAGGCUGCGAUGAACGGGAUGAACGUUUUUAACCCGUCACUACCAAGAAUAGACCCUGAGACAUCUCAGGCAGAUCCCUCGUCUCCCUCAUCGCCUCUGGUCAAAGUGAAGGACGAGCCUGUAGACGAGGAGUACGACCAGGCGCUGAUAUCUUCUGACUUCACGGCGAGCGUGAAGGAUGAGCCGAACACUGCCAAGGAGGACUUGAGGAUCGGUUGUGUCUUCUCAGUGAGUCCAGCUGCUGAGACGCAGACGCUUCCCAUCGCCCAACCGUCGACUUCGCACAUGUUGUGUUUCAACUGCAAGAAGAGCCUGAUCAAGGGACAGACGGCGUUCCAGAGGAAGGGCUCCACGUCUCUGUUCUGCUCCACCGUCUGCCUCACCACAUCCCUCCCCGGAACCACUAAGAUCUGUUACAACUGCCAAAAGGUGAUAAUUCGACCUCAGGAUGUCAUCCUGGCCCCGGAUGCCAAAGGAGUCAUGAAGGAAUUCUGCGGCCAAAACUGUUUGACCUCCUUCAACUACAAGAAAAACUGCUCCAGCUUCAGGGUGCACGACUUCACCAAAUCAGCACCGCCAGCAGUCGGACCAAAGUCGCGCUGCAGCAUGUGCACCAGAUACUGCAUUAGCAAACACGAGGUGAUCCUGAGCGGCGCUGUCCACAAGUUCUGCAGCGACGCCUGCUUUAACCGAUUCCGCUCGGUGAGCAACCUGUCCAUGGCCGGCUGUGGCCACUGUGGCUCCUUCUGCCACAGCAAGCCGCUCCUGCUGAAGAUGGAGGACGGCAACAAGACUCUGUGCAACUCUGAAUGUCUGGCCAAGUACAAAGAGAAAACCAAGGUGACUCAGCCUUGUAUGAUGUGUCAAACAACCCGCCUGCUGGCCGAGACGAUUGACCACAAAAACGACGACGACUCUGUGAACCUCUUCUGCAGCAGCAGCUGUUUGAUGGCAUUCAAGGUCAAAACUGUCAGCGCCUCAGGUUCUCGGUUGAAUUGCGAUAGUUGUGAGAAGAUCUCCGUACCGGCUUACCACCUCGCCAUGUCCGAUACGUCCAUCAGGAACUUCUGCAGGCUACAGUGUGUCAAGGCUUUUCAGGAGAAGUUCAAGAAGUCCCACAAACACAUGACUGUUUUCACCAAGUUGCCCAUUGAAUCCACGCAAAUCCAGCCGGUCACUUCCCCCCAGCCUCAGCAAUUCUUCCCCAACGUGCCGCCGAACCUGGACUGUGCCCAGUGCGCUCGCAACAUCACGUUCAAACCCGAAGUCAUCCAGAUCAAGGACAAGCUGGUUUUUCUGUGCAGCGUGGAUUGUUCUCAGGACUUCCAGAGGGUCAACUACCUGACGAGGCUGUGUGAAUUCUGUAAAAUCGCGAAGAUCACCAGAGACGCCAAAAUCAUAGACAACAAAGACUGCUACUUCUGCAGCGACGGUUGUAAGCUCCUCUUCAGACAUGAACUGAGUAAAAACUGGGGGAAACACUGCAUCUCGUGUGUCUACUGCAACCGUGUCUCAAAGAAGCUGGUGACGGCUCAGUACGGAGGCUCCACGGAGGAGUUCUGCUCGGAGGACUGCCGCUUCAAAUACACCAUGCUCUUCUGUCACGUGGCUAAGUGCGACACCUGCGGGUGCAAAGGGAAACUGAAGCAGAGUUUUCCUUUGCUGGGCGAGGUCAAACACUUCUGUGAUCUGACUUGCCUGCUGAAGUUCUGCAGUCACAAGGUGGCCACACAGGGCGAGCUGCUGAAAGCACCAGGUGAGGCCACACCCAUCAUCGCCAACGUCAUCUCGCUUGCAGAACCUCCAACGGGAAAACCUGACGAUUCCGACAGAACUGCAGCUCAGCAAAGCACAUUCUCACAGACUCAAUCAAAGAAAACUGGACAUAUGAGUGUCCAGACGGAUGAGGUGAAACUUCCUCCUCCUCCUCCUGCUGCCCCCAAAAUCCUGAAGAACAAGGCUCUUCUCUGUCGCCCCCUGGUGCAGGAUAAAGGGGUUUCCUGUAAAGCGCAGACGGCUGAUGUUGAAUCACAGACAGACGUUGCUUUCCCAGAAGUGUUGAUCCUGCCUGUCCCAGUUCCCGUGUUUGUUCCCGUACCCAUGAACAUGUACAGCCAGUUUACACCCAGACCUCUGUGCCUGCCUCUACCGCUGCCCGUGCCCAUGUUCCUUCCUGUGACGAUGAACAGCGCAGAACGCAUCAUAGAGACCAUCCAGAUGAUCAAGGAAAAGAUCCCGUCGGAUCCUUUCGAGGCCGAGCUCAUCCUCAUGGCUGAGAUGGUGGCGGAACAAGAUGAGAACAGCAAACCGGAGAGACCGAAGGGGAAAGCGGUGGAGAAAAGGACGGAGAGACAAGACGCCCCUGAUGACCACACCAGUAACUUCAGUGAUGAUCUGGAUACAGAAGAAUUGACCAGUUUCCUCAACAACUGGGAGGACGCCUCCUCCGACGCGGGCCUCAGGUCGCCGAGUCGGGGGUUCACCCAGGAUAAGCUCAACCCGAUCGUAGAUGUUCCUGGGGGGCGGCCCAGCGAACCGUCCCCUGAACCCCCGCCUCCGGCUCCACCUCCCAUGGACGUCGAAGCUGACUUCCCUGUCGAAACACUGGAGAGGAUGUCCCGGUUCAGAGAGGAGGGCCCUCCAGCUCCGAGCCCCCCGCCUGCGACCACACGACGACGACCAGGUCAAAGGAAAGCCCGGGAUAAAAGGGGUCGUAAGUUGCAGCGGUCCAAGGCGGCUGCAGCGGCAUCUCAGAAAGGCUCCUCCAACAAAGAUCUGCCUUUGGAAUUACCAAAACUGAACAGUGAGUACGGACUUGACGCCUGGAGGCGAUGGAUCCAGUGGAGACAAACUCAGCCCAACAUAGAGAAACCGCGCUUCGGCUCUCGUACCAUCGAGCUGAAGGAGGAUGUCCUCCGAUGCACCACGGCCGAGCUGAGCUACGGACUCUGCUGCUUCAUCGCUGAGGUGAAACGACCAAACGGAGAGCAGUACUCCCCCGACAGCAUCUUCUACCUCUGCCUCGGCAUCCAACAGUACCUGUUUGAGAACAGUCGAGUGGAGAAUAUAUUCAUGGAUCGCUUCUACAACAAGUUCUCCACUGAGUUCACGACCAUGCUGAGAGCUUUCAAACCCCCGGUCACAGCCACUGGUUACAUCCAUUCCCGUGUGGAGGAGGACUAUCUUUGGGACUGUAAACAGCUGGGGGCGUACUCCCCCAUCGUCCUCCUCAACACCCUGCUCUUCUUCUGCUGCAAGUACUUUGGCUUCACCGCGGUGGAGCAGCACCGCCAGCUGUCCUUCGCCCACGUCAUGCGCUGCACCAAAACCAACCCGGACAACACCAAAACCAUUUUACUGCGCUUCUACCCGCCCAUAUCCAUAAACGAAGCAGAGCCAGAUCCAGAGGUUCCGUCUAAGAAGCGUAAGGAGGACGAAGCUAAAGAGGAAAUCCUGGAGAUGGUGGAGAACACGGAGAACCCUCUCCGCUGUCCGGUUCGACUCUACGAGUUCUACCUCUCCAAGUGCUCGGAGUCGGUCAAGCAGCGCACCAACCUGUUCUACCUUCUCCCGGAGCGCUGCUGCGUGCCCAACAGCCCCCUGUGGUUCUCCUCCUCCGCUCUGGACGACACCACCAUGGAGGCGAUGCUCACCCGCAUCCUCACCGUCAGAGAACUGCAUCUCAACAAGAGCAAAGAGGGAGAGGCUGAAAAGAGCACACCCAAGGAUCCACCCUUUAUACCUGAAGAGGAGGGAGACAUGGAUUCAGAGUGAUGGAGUCGGAGACAACAGAAGUGACCUUUACUUGGUGUAGCGCUUUGUGGUGGAAAAUGUUGUAGAUUUAACUGAAAUGUUCAUUAAACCACGGUCCCAUAAACAUAAAUGGACAAUACACACUACUACAAAGUGCUGAGCAGUGAAGAAAGUCAUACUCAAGGAACAGGAUUUGAAGCUAUUCAACACAUUGUGUUUGUGUAGCUGGGACUUGGAAGCUGAACGGACUCAUUCAACAGGACACAGCUGAACUUUGCGUCUCAUGAUCAACACGUAUCAUAAUUCUUUAAAUAACUUUCCAAAUUGGACAGAAGUUUUUUUCAGUAAAACAUCUAUUUCCUCUGAGAGAGAUUGAAGGCUCCAUAUGAAGAGCAGUGAAAUAAACAUUUAGAUUUCUGUUGUUGGAGACAAACCCUAUGAUGUUGACAAAGCUCAUCUUGUGCAGGAAGCCCACGGCACAGUUUGAUUACUAGUAAACCAUCAGUGCAGUGAUUCGUUGCAUAUUACACUACUUUGAGCAUAGCUGUUAUACCAGGAUUGUUCCUGGUAACUCAGAAAAUUGUGAGUGUAUUUUUCCUAACGUCUGAUGGUUUGGGUUUUCCAAGACGACGCGGCAAACCCCCCAUAACCGUUUGUCCAUAUCUGUGUUCUUCGGGUAAUUUUAUUUUGAAAGGUUUGCUCAUCUGAUUGUAACUUACAGUAGGAAUCAAACCGUUUUCUUUUCUCAACAUCUGUAGAAGUGAACAUAGUUAUGAAAAAAAAAUCUGAUUUCGUAAAAAAGGCUGACGACUCGUAUGAUGCAAAAUUUUAUUAGUGGACUAAAAACAAAAGCGUCUUUGUUUUGAGCUCAUGUUCAUUGUGUUAUUUCAUCCAAAGCAGUCUCUUGAGUUAUUCACUCUUCAUAACCAUCAGCCUGAAAAAUGUAAAAAAGUCAUGUAUAUCUUGGUUAUAUUAACCCCCCAUCCUGAAGAGUAUGACUACCAAGGUUCUCUUUAGUAUUUUCUAUUGUAUGUUCUUUUCAAAUAAACAACAUAAAAAAAUAU